AUGACUGACUCCAAAGAUAUCGACAUGGAGACGAAGAUGCAGGUCGAUGAGUCGGUGGUGGGCCACAACGAUAUCGAUGAGUCCUUAUACAGCCGGCAGCUUUACGUUUUGGGACAUGAGGCCAUGAAACGGAUGGGCGCCUCAAAUGUGCUCAUUGUUGGUAUGAAGGGGUUGGGUGUGGAGAUCGCAAAGAAUAUCGCACUCGCCGGUGUCAAGAGCCUUACGGUUUACGAUCCUACUCCCACUGCGAUCGCAGAUUUGUCAUCUCAGUUCUUCCUUCGCCCGGACGAUGUAGGCAAGCCAAGGGCGACAGUAACGGCUCCACGGAUUGGAGAGCUGAAUGCAUAUACUCCAGUGUCCAUACAUGAAUCCAGCAGCCUAACCUCCAACCUAUCCCAGUUCGACAAGUACCAGGUAGUGGUUCUUACAAACACCCCCCUCAAGGAUCAAAUUAUCAUUGGCGAAUAUCUACAUUCCAAAGGGAUAUUCUUGGUGGUGGCAGAUACAUUCGGGUUAUUUGGUUCCAUCUUUUGCGAUUUCGGAAAGAAUUUCACCGUGUUGGAUUCCACGGGAGAAACACCAGUAAAUGGUAUCGUAGCAGCCAUCGACGAGGACGGUCUCGUAUCUGCUCUGGACGAAACCCGCCAUGGACUGGAAGAUGGAGAUUUUGUCACUUUCACAGAAUUAGUGGGAUUGGAAGCCUUAAACUCUGCCGCGCCACGAAAGGUAACAGUUAAAGGGCCAUAUACUUUCUCAAUAGGUGAUGUUUCAGGACUCGGGACUUAUCAGAAAGGCGGUAUCUAUCAACAAGUCAAGAUGCCCAAAUUUAUUGACUUCAAGCCUCUGUCUGCAGCGUUGAAGAGUCCAGACUUUGUGGAUUCGGAUUGGGCGAAAAUGGGUCGAGCUCAGCAGUUACAUAUCGGUAUUCAAGCUCUCCAUGCCUUCCAAGAACAACACGGCCAUUUCCCUAGACCGAUGCACAAAGAAGAUGCCGCAGUUGUUAUUGGUGCAGCACAAGCGUUUGCAAAGCAGGAGAAGUCAGAAGUUGAAUUGGAUGAGAAAGUUCUCCUGGAACUUAGUUACCAAGCUCAGGGUGAUCUCAGCCCGAUGGCUGCUUUCUUUGGAGGUCUUGCUGCUCAAGAGGUCUUGAAGGCGGUAUCUGGAAAGUUCCACCCCAUCUGCCAAUAUCUUUAUUUUGACUCUUUGGAGUCGCUUCCUUCCAACUCUGUCAGAUCCGAGGAGACUUGCAAACCACUGAACACCAGAUAUGAUGGCCAGAUUGCCGUUUUCGGUCGAGAGUUCCAAGAAAAGCUUGGAAAUAUUCAAGAAUUCUUGGUUGGAGCGGGUGCCAUCGGAUGUGAAAUGCUGAAAAACUGGGCUAUGAUAGGUUUAGCAGCUGGUCCUAAGGGCAAAAUAACCGUUACCGAUAUGGACUCGAUCGAAAAGAGUAAUCUCAAUCGACAAUUCUUGUUCCGACCCAAAGAUGUCGGCAAGCUGAAGAGUGACUGUGCGGCUGAAGCGGUGCAAGCCAUGAAUCCAGAUCUCAAGGGAAAGAUUGUUACCAUGCGGGACCGAGUAGGCCAAGAUACUGAACAUUUAUUCAACGAGGAAUUCUGGGAGGCUCUGGAUGGUGUUACCAAUGCACUUGACAACGUCGAUGCGCGCACAUACGUGGACCGACGAUGUGUCUUCUUCCGCAAGCCACUGCUUGAGAGCGGUACUUUGGGAACGAAGGGUAAUACUCAAGUGAUUAUUCCUCACUUGACAGAAUCAUACUCUAGUUCGCAGGAUCCCCCUGAACAAUCAUUCCCUAUGUGUACGCUGAGGAGUUUCCCAAACAACAUCAAUCACACAAUCGCCUGGGCCCGAGAACUCUUCGAAUCAUAUUUUGUCAAGCCCGCCGAAACUGUCAACCUCUAUCUCAACCAGCCAAACUAUUUAGAGACGACUCUGAAACAAGGUGGCAAUGAAAAAGCCACCCUUGAGAUGAUCAGAGACUUCUUAGUUGAUGACAAGCCUUUGAGCGUUGAGGACUGCAUCAAAUGGGCUCGUAUCCAAUUUGAGAAGCAAUACAACAACGCUAUUCAGCAACUCCUGUACAACUUUCCAAAAGACUCGAAAUCUUCAAGUGGCGCGCUAUUCUGGUCUGGCCCUAAGCGUGCACCAGAUCCAUUGAAGUUCGAUAUCAAGAACGAGUUUCAUCGAACAUUUAUUGUUGCUGGCGCCAAUCUUCACGCUUUCAAUUACGGAAUCAAUACCAAGGGCCUGGACCUGAACAGCAUUGAGAAGGUCCUUGACAAUAUGAUCAUCCCUGACUUCUCACCAAAUUCAGCCGUCAAAAUUCAAGCAGAUGAUAGCGAGCCUGAUCCGAAUGCCGGUGCAUCCACGUUCAACGAUUCCGAGGAGUUGCAACAAAUCACAGAUAAGCUGCCACAACCAAAGCAGCUUGCAGGUUUCAAGCUUCAACCUGUUGAAUUCGAGAAAGAUGAUGACACCAAUUUCCACAUUGAUUUUAUUACUGCUGCAAGUAACCUUCGUGCCGAAAACUACAAAAUCGAGCUUGCCGAUAGGCACAAGACCAAGUUCAUCGCUGGAAAAAUCAUCCCGGCCAUUGCUACCACCACUGCCUUGGUCACAGGAUUGGUCAUCCUUGAAUUCUACAAAAUUGUCGAUGGAAAGACGGAUUUGGAGCAAUACAAGAAUGGAUUCGUCAAUUUGGCGUUGCCAUUCUUCGGUUUCAGUGAGCCAAUAUCCAGUCCUAAAGACAAGUAUCAAGGAAAGAAUGGGGAAGUUUCGAUCGACAAGUUAUGGGAUCGCUUUGAAGUCAACGAUAUUACGUUGCGAGAACUUAUCGAUCACUUUGAGGAGAAGGGAUUAACAAUUACAAUGUUGAGCUCGGGUGUUAGUCUGCUGUACGCAAGUUUCUUCCCACCUACGAAGCUCAAGGACAGAUACACUAUGAAGUUGAGCGAGCUUGUUGAGCACAUAUCCAAGAAGCCAGUUCCUGAUCACCAAAAGAACGUCAUCUUUGAGAUUUGCGUGGAGGAUCAGAGUGGGGAAGAUGUUGAAGUACCAUAUGUUAUGAUGAAGAUGGCGAAAUAA